UACGUUUGGGCUCAAAUUUGUUUGUGUGUGGUCAAACAAAAACAGCCAGUUCCGUUGAAGACUCAAGAGUCAGAGGCCUACACUAGCCUACAGUAAGUGACAAACAACGUGUUCUUAAAGCGACCUUGAAGAUGAGGGCUGCAAUCUCACUGUUAAUGCUGCUGCUGUCCAUGGGUGGAGCACAGACUCGAGGCCUCCAGACCGAGAGCCAGAGUACUGGGGCCCCUCCUGCUGCUGCUCCUGUUGGAGUCCCUGCCCUGGACGUCUCUGCUGAGCUAAAGGAGCUCAGAGACAUGGUGGUGGAGCUGAGGGUUAUGCUAAGAUACGCUCAGGAUGACGUUAAAGGAUUGGAGGCUAAAAAUGUAGCACUGAAAGAACGACUCAUGCGCAGCGAGAUGAAGGCGGAAGCUCUGGAAAUGGCGAACGCAGCGCAAGACGCAGAGUUGGCCGCCGUGAAGACCAUAUUGGCAGCGGUUGAGACUCGAGAAGAGAAUUUGAACAAAGUGGUUAAAGAAGCACCAAAGGUGGCAUUCUCCGCAGGUCUGGCCGAUUCUAUAGAGGCCGAAUAUGGCGACCUGAAUGUGGUGUUCAGAGAAGUCAUCACCAACGUUGGCCAGGCCUACAGCAGCACGACGGGCUUCUUCACAGCUCCGUUCCGAGGGGUCUACUAUUUUAGAUUCACUGUCAUGGAUUGUGAGGAAUCGGGCUCCAUGUUGAUCGAGAUGCAUAAGAAUGGAAAGCAGCUCAUUUGGCUGGAAGACGAGGUCACCGCCGGAGAUUACACCUACCUGUCCAGCGGUCUGACUCUGCAACUGGAGAAGGGAGAUGAAGUGAACAUGGUCCUGUCAGCAGGACACAGAAUCGUUGGUUUCUUCAACGAGAGCACCUUCAGCGGGUUUCUACUGUUCCCAUUCUGAACACCAAAUAAGACAUUAAAAUGAAUGUAGUCAAUACGCUGCAUACAAAGUGUGUCAUUUAUCAAAGUCUUCUUGAAGAAAGGUUCCUGCUCUUCCCAUUCUGAACACCAAAAGAGAUUCUCACAAUCACUCAUUACUUUGGUGGGCAAUUUGACUCAUUAUGGAUGAUGGACAUGCGUAAAUAUACAGUAAGACUGAUUAAAACGAAUGUAGUCAAUA